AUGUGUGCUCAUCUCAACCAAUCCUCUGCUUGCAAAACAACUGGUUGCAGGGAAAGGAACAUCUCACAUGUGAGUUAAUCCAAAACCAAUUAUCACACGCCCUUUACAUCACUCUGUCUUGCAUCUUUUGCAGAACAUAAGAAAACCGUAAUGGCAUUCUCUAUCUCCCCAUUAUCCAUAAAAUCCCUUAGCAUUUCAUCAUCAGAUUCAAAGGUUGCAAAUUCCCAGCAGUCCCUCUCAAAGCCUUUUGCCAUAGUCAGUCAGAUAGACCCAAAGAAAAAAGACUUUUCACGGUACUCGAUUGCCAACCCAGAAUCAAAGAAAUGGAGGAAAGUUGUUUCCACUGCACUGGCAGCUGCAAUUAUUACCUUCAGCUCCAACAUGUCUGCUCUUGCUGAUCUCAACAAGUUUGAGGCAGCUACUCGUGGUGAGUUUGGGAUAGGCUCAGCAGCUCAAUUUGGUUCUGCGGACCUCAGGAAAGCUGUACAUGUGAACGAAAAUUUCAGAAGAGCCAAUUUCACAGCUGCUGAUAUGAGGGAAUCUGAUUUUAGUGGUUCCACAUUCAAUGGUGCAUACCUUGAGAAAGCAGUUGCAUACAAGGCAAAUUUUACAGGUGCGGAUUUGAGUGACACGCUGAUGGACCGCAUGGUGUUAAAUGAAGCUAAUCUGACAAAUGCCGUGCUGGCUAGAACGGUUCUGACCCGCAGUGACCUUGGGGGUGCCCUCAUUGAAGGUGCUGAUUUUAGUGAUGCUGUUUUGGACCUUCCACAAAAGCAGGCUCUUUGCAAGUAUGCAAGUGGCACAAAUCCUGUUACGGGGGUUAGCACCAGAGUAAGCUUAGGUUGUGGGAACAGUCGACGCAAUGCUUACGGUACCCCAUCUUCUCCUCUAUUAAGUGCUCCACCAGAGAAGUUGCUCAAUAAGGAUGGUUUUUGUGAUGAAGCCACUGGUCUUUGUGAUGCAAAAUAAUGUCAAGAUACAGUCGUUAGAGGGAAUGACAUUCAUUUAGCUGAACAAAGAUCCAUGUGGGAUACUAAAAUAACAAAAAAAAAAUCAGUACAGAAUUAAACUUCUUAAUUCCAUAACUUUGUAAAACAUAUGGAACAAGAUGGUGAAUUCAUUUGUAUGAAUUUUUGAAAAAUUAUGUUUAAAACAGUUUUGUCUAAUUGCUCCAUAAUUGCCAUACUUUGUAUGUGCUAAUGCCAUCUUUGUUCUGUAAAGUGAGAAACGAUGAAAAACAAAGUGCAAGUUCACAUUGUUGAUA